AACCCUCAUGAAAGUGAAGCAAAUCAGAACCUUCAUGAAAGCGAAGCAAAUCAGAACCUCCAUGAAUGCGAAGCAAGUCUAAACCCUCAUAAAAGCGAAGCAAGUCUGAACCUUCAUGAAAGCAAAACAAAUCAGAACCCUUAUGAAAGCGAAGCAAAUCAGAACUCCUAUGAAAGUGAAGCAAGUCUGAACCCCUAUGAAAGCGAAGCAAGUCUGAACUCUCAUGAAAGUGAAGCAAGUCUGAACUUCCAUGAAAGCGAAACAAAUCAGAACUCCUGUGAAAGCAAAA